ACCACCACACUUAUAAAUAUAGAGAAUAUUUGAAGAGUUUGGUUCCUAAAUGAGAUUCUUUUUUUCUCCAAAAAGCAUGUUUUCUUUAUCUUGCAUUCCAAUUAAUAUCAAUCAAACUGCAAACUUGGUUUGUUUUGAUUUAAGCCAUGAUAACAACCUAAAAAAUACAGCUAACACAAUAAAAACGUGAUGUUUCUAUCUCCAUCUGACCCUCUGCACAACCCGAAAGCUCAAUGGGUCACUCGUUAUAAAGAAUUUUAUUAUUGAAAUAUCGUUAUUCUCACAAUAGUUACCGUCAAUAAUUUUCAGCAUUAAAAGUGUUCUUAAUUAAAAGGUUAAUGCUCCAUGUUUAACAAUUCUUUAAAAGUUCAAAUUAACCAUGUAAUUAUUUCUCUUUAUAAUUGGAUUUCUGAUGAUGUUGUCCGUUUGAAACCUCAUGUCCAAAUUCGCUGUUUUUCAGGAAAUCGCAAAACUGCUGUGCUUUUUAAACGAUCUGAUACUGUGAUGUCAAAGUUGACAAGCACUUUUAAUCCUUUUUAUUGAUUAUAUAUUUGAAAAGAUCAAGUGACAAACAUGAAGGGCGACAAUAGAAGCCUAAAUGUUGACAAAUAAAAUGUAAUCACUAAAUAUGGAGAUUUUCAGAAGGACAGCAGCGAUAUGAUAUGUAAGUUAUGUUUAAAUUUUAUGGGGUAUCGCAAACAAUGUUCCAUUUACAACGAUCAGCUUUUUUUAUCACUUUGUUGUCAGGUUUUUCCGGAUUUGCUGUGUAGCGGUGACGCAUGGGUUAAAUCAACGUCUCGCGUUGCGUCGUUGCGUUAACGUGACGUUGUUUUUAUACACGGAAGAAUCUCACCGGAGAAACAGUGGAGGAGCGCGAAGACUUUUCGUAAAGAGCCUCUUUUCCAUUCCUGGUGGCACUGGUAAGCGAUGCUCCAGAGAAGAUGGGCCAUGCUUUGUGUAUCUGCUCUCGCAGUGCCAUCACCAUCGACAACAAGAAAUACUUCUUCAUCCAGAAACUAGAAGAAGGUGGUUUCAGUUAUGUGGACCUUGUGGAGGGAUCAGACGACGGCCGUUUCUACGCUCUGAAGCGGAUCCUUUGCCACGACCGCGAGGCUCGUCAGGAGGCUCAGACGGAAGUAGAGAUGCACCAGCUCUUCAGUCAUCCCAACAUCCUCGCUCUGACCGCACACACCUUCAUGGAGAGAGGAGGCAAAUGUGAAGCUUGGCUGCUGCUCCCGUACAUCAGUAAGGGAAGUCUCUGGUCUGUUCUUGAGAAGCUGCGGGACAAGGGAAGCUCCGUGUCUGAGAGCCGCAUCCUAAACAUUCUACACGGUGUCUGCGAGGGCCUCCAAGCCGUUCAUGACACAGGCUACGCACACAGAGACCUGAAACCGACCAACGUUUUACUGGAUGAGAGCGAUCGCCCUUAUUUAAUGGAUUUGGGCUCCAUGAACAAGGCCAGAAUGGAAGUCCGGGGGUCGCGGGAAGCCAUGAGGGUCCAGGAUUGGGCCGCUCAGCGGUGCACCAUCUCCUACAGAGCCCCAGAACUGUUCAAUGUGGAGAGUCACUGCAUCAUCGAUGAGAGAACCGAUAUCUGGUCUCUAGGUUGUGUGCUGUACUGUAUGAUGAUGCUGGAGGGUCCGUAUGACCUCAUCUUUCAGAAGGGUGACAGCGUUGCUCUCGCUGUUCAGAAUCCCGUGUCCAUUCCACAGCCUUGCAGUUAUUCUCAAGGGCUUCAAACCCUCCUCAGCUCUACCAUGGUGACCAAUCCUCAGGAAAGACCCAGAAUCAGCUGGGUACUCGAUCAAAUCCGGAACCUUCGGGGCUCAGACGGGACAGCCGUUGAUACGAACAGAGUAUGAUGCUCUCGCAAAGGGCUCGACUAUAGGUCUCUGUUCUUGUUUUUCAAUCGACUCUGGACUUUUUGGACUAUGCACUCUCUCAUUUGGACUCGCAGCCGGGUCAUACCUCAGUCAGCUCAGAACACACACUCACACCAUCACUGCAUCAGUGUCCGGCUCCAUUGACCCCAGAAACAAAAAAAGACCAAAGAACGACUUUUGUCAUUUAUACCACUCUGAACGGGCAUUUGUUGUCGUGGAAAUAAUGUGCUGUUAGCUUGCCACGUCUUGUGGUUGUACUGUUUAAAAAACAAAAAAGGAUUCUUUAAUUGGUGUUAGUUCUAUCAUUUGAGCCGUUUGUCUCUGGGAGUUUGGGGUUUGUCCCAGCUUUCUUUUGUAGGUCCAGUGUUUCAAAGCCGUGAGACUGUCAGUGAGGCUCGUGUUCAUUUCGUAAACAAAUUUCUUUGUCAGUCGCUCAGAAGUCAUUUGGUGGCAUAGAAAUGUCGACGGUUCAAAGAAUGUGAAAAAAGACCAAGAAAAUGGACUAACUGAAGGAGUGAGUGAUCAACUGUGGGUCAAGCUUCUGUAAAUUGCAUCUGAGAUCAAUCUUGAGAAAGGAUUUGUGAGGGGUGGUCGUUUUAUCACUUUCCUAUUUUAAGCGGUACAGAGGAAUAUAAAAAGACUUUUUCUCUUAUUUCUUACAGUAUUAGGUGGACGUGAAUUAAGCCAUUUAAAAUGUUUUAAGCAUAGAUUUUAAGAAUCAUUCAUGUUUAUUUAUUUCUGUUGCGGCCUCACUAGAAAGUGGACGAAACUUGCAAAGAAAGGAGUUAAAAAUGAAGAAAUGUCAUUUUUACAUUAUUUUAUUAACGUUCACUUUUUUCUCGUGGUUAAUUUCAGUAUAACAAAUGAAACACAGAUGAUCGUUUGGUUUUCUUUAUGCAAAAUACAAUUCUCUUUUUCUCUUGAUUUUGGUGAAAUAUAACUGUACUUGUAAUAAUCAUUUGUGAGAUUUACCCACGAUGGUUUAACGGGCCAGUUUUAUCAUAAAUGUAGAAUGAAUUAAACAUUCCCGUUACACAUUGAGUGUGUUUUUGCUGUGAAGAAGGGCCUAGCUGUAUUUCUGUCUUUGACAGUUUUAACUUCAUGAUGAUUUAAGGAACAUAAUCGUGACAUUCAUAUUAAUUGCCAGCGUCAUAAGUCUUCAGUCCUGGUUUAUUUGACAGAAUAACGUCGGCUUGAUCACAUGUUCAUGUUUCUCUGUUCUGUUCAGGAUUUUUCUCAAUUAUGCAAAUCUCGUUAUUUACAGGAUGUAAGACUAUAAACAUGCAUCUUUUGCUGUUCAUUUACGUUGUGUGGUUCAUCUUUUUUUUUUUAACGGUGAAUAAAGUGUAAAACGAAGAGUGA